AUGACCUCGGUGGAAGCUCAGCUCAAGGGUGUUGCCAUCCUCGGCCCCCUUAACGAUCAGACUCGCAAGAUCCUCACCAAGGAGGCCACAGCGUUCCUAGCUCUCCUCCAUCGCACAUUCAAUGGUACCCGCAAGGCACUGUUGAAGAGACGUAUUGACCGCCAGGCCGAAAUUGAUAGAGGCGCCCUUCUCGAUUUCCUGCCUGAGACCAAGCAUAUCCGUGACAAUGAUACAUGGAAGGCUGCUCCCCCUGCCCCCGGGCUCGUUGAUCGUCGUGUUGAGAUCACAGGUCCAACGGACAGGAAGAUGGUUGUCAAUGCUUUGAAUGCCGAUGUUUGGACUUACAUGGCCGACUUUGAAGACUCCUCUGCUCCAACAUGGGAGAACAUGGUCAAUGGCCAGGUGAACCUUUACGAUGCCAUCCGUCGUCAGGUCGAUUUCACCCUCGGCGGCAAGGAGUACAAGCUCCGCACCGAUAGGAAACUUCCCACGCUCAUUGCCCGUGCUAGAGGCUGGCACCUUGAUGAGAAGCAUUUCACUGUUGACGGAGAGCCAAUCUCCGGCAGCUUGUUCGACUUUGGUCUUUACUUCUUCCACAAUGCCCAGGAGCUCGUCAAGCGAGGCGCUGGCCCAUACUUCUAUCUCCCCAAGAUGGAAUCUCACUUAGAGGCCCGCCUGUGGAACGACGUCUUCAACAUUGCCCAGGACUACAUUGGUAUGCCCCGAGGCACUAUCCGAAGUACCGUCCUCAUUGAGACCAUCACUGCUGCUUUUGAGAUGGACGAGAUCAUUUAUGAGUUGAGAGAUCACAGCUCUGGCUUGAACUGUGGACGAUGGGAUUACAUCUUCUCCUUUAUCAAGAAGUUCCGUAACAACCCUAACUUUGUCCUGCCUGACCGUGCCUCCGUCACCAUGACCGUGCCCUUCAUGGACGCAUAUGUUAGGCUUCUGAUCAAAACCUGCCACCGACGAGGUGUUCACGCCAUGGGUGGUAUGGCCGCUCAAAUUCCUAUCAAGAAUGACCCCAAGGCAAAUGACGUUGCCAUGGAGAGCGUUCGUGCCGAUAAGCUCCGCGAAGUCCGUGCUGGCCACGAUGGGACAUGGGUUGCUCACCCAGCUCUUGCAGCAAUUGCAUCCAAUGUCUUUAACGAAUAUAUGCCCACGCCUAACCAGCUCUUUGUCCGAAGGGAGGACGUCCACGUUACUGCCAAUGAUCUCUUGAAUACUAAUGUUCCAGGAAGCAUCACCGAGUCCGGCAUCAGGAAGAACCUGAACAUCGGCCUCUCCUACAUGGAGGGAUGGCUCCGUGGAGUUGGCUGUAUCCCAAUAAACUUCCUUAUGGAGGAUGCUGCUACCGCUGAAGUCAGCCGAAGUCAGCUCUGGCAGUGGGCCAAGCACAACGUUCCCACCGCCGAGGGAAAGAGAGUGGACAAGGCAUAUGCUCUUAAACUCCUCAAGGAGCAAGCCGACGAGCUUUCCGCCAAGGGUCCAAAGGGUAACAAGUACCAGCUUGCUGCUCGCUACUUCUCUGGCCAAGUUACCGGAGAGGAUUAUGCUGAUUUCUUGACCACGCUGUUGUACAAUGAGAUUUCUGCCCCUGGCCCAGCUGUCAAGCUUUAA